CUUCUUAUUCCUUGGGGACACAGACGGGGAGAUCAUCUCGUUACUUGCUUCAGAAAAUAACGGCCGGUAAAAUAUUGCAUUACGUGCCGUGACACGCAAAGUAUCAGUACACAGCUCGAACAUUUGCGUUGUUCCAUUGACGAAAACAAUGGGUUUAUAAGCUUCAAGCAUCAGUCACGCAGCGGAUCGAUGACGCCAGGAAGGAGAAGACGUUCUUGUCCUCAACCGCGACAUCUUUCAUCUAGUCGUCGCUCAAAGCUUAAACGGGGGUGGAGAAAGAAAACAAGGGGAUGGCGGAGGCAAGGUCGAUGCAGCAUCCACUCCUGCACGAGCUACCGCCAUAUUAAACCAGAGAGAGAGAGAGAGAGAGAGAGAGUGAGACAGCCUCUCCACGAACAACAUGGCUUCCUCAGGCAAAGCGUCCAGGCUUAGCCACAAUCGGAGUAUGGAAUGAACUGCGCCGGGAACUUGCGGCGGAUUGUGACGCAGAAGCUUGUGUUGUUGUUGCUGACAGCAUGCAGCAUAAUCCUACUGCGCUACUCCUCACUGUCAGGAUGCUCCGGAGUUGCAACCCCAUGGAGACCCGAUAUGCGACCUUAACAACCCAAAAACAGACUUCUGCGAGACGGCUGGUGAUGUCCAGGUCGUCGGCAAGUCCUCCGUCGCCGUCGUUACUCACCGUCAUCCCCGCAACGCCUGGCGAGCGAAGCCUUACGCUCGCAAGGCAGACCGGACUGCGAUGGCAAACGUGAAGGAAGUUAGUGUGAGGUUGAUGGGCAGCGCUGAAGCAGCCCCUGCUUGCGCCAUCAACCACACCUUCUCCGCCGUCGUGUUUGCCCACGGUGGGUACAUGGGCAACUACUUCCAUGACUUUCGCCGACUUGAUCGUUCCCCUGUUCGCGACGGCACGGCAGUUCCAUGGAGAAGUGCAGUUUCUCAUAGCCGAUUAUAAGAUCUGGUGGCUCUUCAAGUACCGCCACAUCGUCGAAAAGCUUACCAGGUACGAGAUCAUCUAUUUGGACAAGAACGAUCGAGUCCUCUGCUACCCGCUUGUGUUCGUCGGCCUCCACAGCCACGACGACUUGAAAGUCGACCUUGCAAGAACACCAAACGGGUACUCCACCGCUGACUACACCGAGUUCAUAAGGAUGGCUUACUCGCUCGAAAGGGAAUCCGCCAUUAGGAUGGGAGAUCAGGCGGGCAAGAAACCGAGGCUGCUGCUCAUAGCCAGGAAGAGCACCAGGAACUUCACCAACGUCAGAGAGAUCGUUCGGAUAGCCGAGGAGUUGAGUUACGAGGUGGUGGUGGCAGAUGCGAAGUUCGAAGCCAACGUGAGCGAGUACGCAGCGACCGUGAACUCAUGCGAAGUGAUGCUCGGCGUGCAUGGCUCCGGGCUCACUAAUUUCUUCUUCCUGCCGACCAAUGCCGUGGUCAUCCAAGUCGUCCCUUUAGGUAACCUGGAAGGGAUGGCCAAAUACGAUUACGGAGACCCUCCCAUGGCUGCCAAGCUGCAUUACCUGCAGUACACCAUCAGCCAAUAGGAAAGCACUCUUUCGGAGCAGUACCCGAGAGACGAUCCUGUCUUUAGAGACCCGGACUCGAUUCACAAGCUUGGAUGGCUCGCGAUGGCGAACAUAUACAUGAAGAAACAAAAUGUCAAGAUUGAUUUGAACAGGUUCAGACCUGUCUUGAAGAAAGCUCUCGAUCUGCUUGGGUGAUGGCAAUGUCAGUCGGCUCUAUUGUGGUAGUUCGUUCAUGUCUGUCGAUUGGAUUCUAAUCUUUCAAUGUCCCUUUUCUAUGGGUCAGUGAUGGGUUCCUUUAAGUUUAUUUUAAGCCUAAGUUUGCGUGUUCUAAUGGACUUCGUCCACUCUGUGUGAUACUAUAUCCAAAGAUGGCUUCUUCAUCGAUGCAUCGCUGGGAAUCCGAAAUCAAUGAGCUCAUCAGUAGCAACUGGUGACAUACAUUUAAUAUUCUUUGCCUGCAUCUCAUUUCUGACUUGGAACUUUUUUGAUCCAAUUAGCACCCCCAUUGCAUGUCAGAAUUCCUGCGCAGGCACGUUCAUUUUGAGGCAGUGUGUGCAGUCUUCUCGAGGUUUGCGGUUGGAGACUCCGUAGAUGACAGCUAAGUGGUGAUAGGAACCCUGUUGACAUGUUCUUGUGAAGAAUAAACAAAGAAGUCAUCGAUAAGAUAGUCCAUACAGUCCAAAUUCAUGCCGUGAGGUGGGGGCGGAGGAGGAGGAAGGCAGCAGCAGGCGACGACGGCCCUCCCUCUUCAUCCCUCUUGUUUGUGAGCAG